GGCUCUCUGCGGGGCAGGACGCACUGAAUCUGGACUACCGCUCACCACCACCAGCCCUACGUCUCUACAGUCAGCCAGCAAACAUGACAGCCACCAUCAUUUCUCCUUUCUUCGAGUACAGUGAAGUCUCCAACAAGAACAACAAAAUGUUGAACUACAGCAACAACAACAGUCUCGGUGGACCCCACCUGACAUCUGUCCCCUGCUCCAGUGCCAGCCUCUCCUCCUGCACCCCCACUGGGUCCCUGCUGGACAGGAAGGUGGUGGGGGCCCCCUCUGCAGGAGGCCUGUUUCAGCGCCGCCACUCAGUAACCCUCCCCAACGCCAAAUUCAACCAGAACCAAUUCAUCAACAGCCUUAAGACAGACCCCACUGUCCUGGUGGGCAGCAGCAACAACAAGGAGAACCGUUUCCGUGACCGUUCCUACUCGGAGACGGGGGAGAGGCUGAGGCCCGGCGGCCAAUCGUGCGUGGGCGGCGGCGGUCAGAUCAACUCCAGCCGCUACAAGACUGAGUUGUGCCGGCCCUUCGAAGAGAAUGGUACCUGUAAGUACGGCGAUAAGUGCCAGUUCGCCCACGGGAUACACGAGCUGCGCAGCCUGAGCCGCCACCCCAAGUACAAAACCGAGCUGUGCCGCACCUUCCACACCAUCGGCUUCUGCCCGUACGGCCCCCGCUGCCACUUCAUUCACAACGCCGAGGAGCGCCGCGGCCCGCCUCCCCUCUCUGCCUUCAACAAGCUGGAGCGCCCGCGGCUGCAGCACAGCUUCAGCUUCGCCGGGUUCCCCAGCUCAGGCGGCCUGCAGGACAGCCCCACCUCCGUCACGCCUCCGCCAAUGUUCUCCACCGAAGACCUGACGGAGUGGCAGAGCAACCCCUUCACCUACUCCAGCCAGGAGCUCGCCAGCCUGUUUGGCCCCAGCCUGGGGCCCUCUCACGCGGAGCCUCAGGGCCCCGCCCCCCCUUCCCCGACCGCCCCCUGCUUUUUCCGGCCCACAUCGGAGAGCCCUCCCAGCCCCCCUGACUCUCUGUCCGACCAGGAGGGCUACCAGAGCAGCCUGGGCAGCCAGAGCGGCUCCGAGUCGCCCGUCCUGGACGCCUCGCGCCGCCUCCCCAUCUUCAGCAGGCUCUCCAUCUCCGACGAUUAAGGAGUCUGCAUCCUCGGGCCUGGAGAUGGAGUGAUUAAGAGAGAGCAGAGAAAGAGAGGAAGCUGGAGAUCACUUUGCCUCCUCGUCACCACCGACACCUCCUCGUCCUCUCCUCCCGGCCUUGUUUACAGGAGAAGCGGACAGUUGUGUGCAUUGUUGUAGCCACUGAGUCAAAUCGGAAAACCGAAUUGCCUCCUCUCUUGAGGAUCAUAAGCCCUCUCCUUCUCCACUCACGGACUCCCCAUCCCCUCUGCAUCCAGAUCAGUCUGAUCCAGGCAACAGUCGGCCUUUUGUUCUCCACGCUGUCUCUUAAUCACAACAGGCAGUUGGCCACCAAGAGUCAUAUUCCUCGUCUGUGCCGUGCACCAGUGCCAUGGGUGAAUGAAUGUGAAUGAUUGUGAGAAGUAGCUGAGAUAUCAGAUAAAAAUAAUUAAUAUUAUCUAUCAUGAGCAAGAGGAGUGACAGUCUGUGUUCCAGUGUCGGGACGAGUGUGUGUUCACCUCCGCUGGUGUGCAGCAGUGUUGUGUAUCUUCAGUGUUGUGUAUUGCUGCCUUACACUUCCCAGCAUUUGAAACCCAGAGGCCUUUGACAAAUCACUGCUCCAUGUUUUUUUUUUUUUUUUUUUUUUUUUUUAAAAGAUCACCACCAUAUGAAAGUAACAAGAGAAAUCAGUGGAUCGUUGAGCUGAAACGAUUUUAAAAAAAGUGCCUUGGUGUGCGUUUUCUCUCAUGAAGCCAAGAAUAUUGGACCACAGCUAUAUUUUGUACUUUUAAUCAUACACCCUGUUUUAUAUUUUCACUUGUUGAAUGGUGAUUAUUAUUUUAUUUUAUUUUAUUUUUUUCAGAUAAGGGGCUAAAACACAAUUGCUUUGCUUCUGUAGCCAGGUUGGAAUGAAAAGUGGCUUUCUGCUGGUGCUAUGUGCCUUGUAUCAUCACAAGCCCACGACCCCGAGUGUGAGGGUCUCUCUGGUGGUCCGCGGUGCAGAAAGUUAGCCGGGUGGGAAACUUGUUUUUCUGUGCUACACAAUCAGGUGAAUCCAAAAAAUUGAACCAGUCACAAGUUGUUGUUGUUGUUGUUGUUUUGAAACCAGCCAGUGGGUGUGUGGAUGGCAGGUGAUGGUCCACUGGCCUCAGAUCCACCUGCCCAGUGGGAGGAAGAGCGGACCGCCCCCCCCCCAGCAGCUGGCAUGUUCUCUGGGUGUUAGUUUCCCACCCUGAGCGUCGGGUUAACCUUUCAAACUGUGUCACGUUGUCGUCAUCACAGCAGCAUUAGUCCAGCUCCGUGUUUUCAUCCCCAUCUAACGACCACAAAACCCUGCAGAUCAACUCUGUGGCUGAGAUCAGCGUCUCGGCCUGCUGUCUGUAAUCAAACGAGCACCAACGCUCUGUCGAUUCCACCUUGUUCAAUAUUAUUAUUAUUAUUAUUAUUAUUAUUAUUGUUAUUAUAUUAUUGUUUAGUUUAUUUCAAAAACCCCCAGAGUGAGGGUUUUGCUUGUCACUGCUUAUUUAACUUAUCAAAAUGUAUUUAUUGCUGAUCUUAAGCAUUUUUAUUUUGUAUUUAUCUGGAUAAUGAAACAAUAGAAUAUAUUUUCUUUUAUGUUAAAUUAUGAUCUUCCGUAUUAAUCGCAAGAUUGUGAAGACCUGUUUUUUGUUAUUUUUUUUUCACAGUUAAUAUAUUAUACUGCAAUGACAUUUUUGUAACUACACUUGAUUUAUUUUGAAAGUGAAUCUUAAUUUAAAACAAAAUGCAAAAGGGUUUUGCGUUUUUUUCUUUUCUUUUUUUUUUUAAUUUAUUGUUUUCUCCUCCCUCAUGUUGGACUGCGGUUUCAGGUUCUCUGUUGCUGUCAUCAUGCAGAAACGCACUGGAAGCGUUAUAGUGUCACUUUGUUUUGGUUUUUUUUGUUUUUUUGUUCCUCCUCCCUGACGUGCCUGUGUGUGUGUGUGCAGCGUUCCUGCACACACUCGGGCUUUUGUGAGGUCCUCUGGACUGUCUACACCAUUUAUGUAUUUCACGACAAUAUGACUUUUAAAGCUAAUACGGCGACCGCAAAAUAAGCAGGUAAUUAAGCUAGUGCCAUGCAGUUGUUCAGCAUGUAAACGUCGGUGCUUCACACAGAGUUCCUGCACGGCGCUGCAAAGCUGGGAAAUAUUUGGAAAAAGAAUUUGGCAACUUCUUUGUCUCCUAACAAGUGUGGAAAUUGCACAAAAAAAUGUAUAGAAAUGAUAUACAUGAAAGUAAACAUUGGAUUGCUCUGAGGAGUAACCCUCCACAGAGUUUAAUGGGCCAAAUGUCCAUCUGCAUACAUCACUCAGCACAGAAAGUUCCAGAUGAAAUCCAGAAAUGACAGCGUGAGGAGUUUGAGCCGGGCCGUGCAGGAGCUCUGCUCAGAGACGUCCCGUCAGGAGCAGCGAGAGACGAGCGUUAACGAGCGCUUCCAGUGCGUUGAGGCUUUUUAAAUCCCUGCUCCAGUUCUGGGCAGCCGUUUAUCUCAUCCUCUAGAAUGUAGAGCGGCUCGGGUAACAGUCCUGUCCUCGGUGUUUCAGUGUCUUUUCACUGGGAUGAAUUCUCAUUUGAUGAUCCGAGUCACCUGGACUCCGUGUCGGGUCUCGCUGUACACGACAAAAACGAGACAUUUUAAGCUCUUAUUUGAAACGAUAAUGGAAGCUUGCCUGUUCCACAACACCACGCACACUUACUAGCACUUUUAGUCAUCAAAGUAGAUGAUGUGUUAAGGUUAAAUCUUUUUUUUUUUUUUUUUGACCACUCUUUUUUUUUUUCUCUCCCAUGAAGUGCCUAUGAAUACAUUCCAGGUUUCCCAAAUGUUGUGCCUUCAUAUUUUUGUAUAACAGAGCAGAUAAAAGCCUAAAGCGUAUUCUUGUAGGUUAAAGGUUAACAGGAUUGACACAUGAAAAGCAACUGUUGAAUGUAUUCUCUAGCAGCUGUUGCUGUUCACUACAGUAAUUACUUUGUUCAUGUAUUUUUUUGUUUUUGUUUUGUAAUGACAGAUUGCAGUUUAAACCAAUAAACCCAUAUUUCUAUUGAA